UCUACCUUCAUUUCCACAGCUAACUUCCUUUGCUUUCAAGUUUCAUCCUAGAAAACAAAACCCAGAAAGCAAAAGCAGAGAAACCUUUCUUUCCAAUUUCAUAUCAGAAAACAAAAAAACAAGUUAACAUGGCAGAGAAAACCAACCAGGCCUAUCCCUUGGCACCAUCAAACGGUUACACAAGAAGUGAUGGAGAGUCUCAGCUGUCCGCUGAUGAGCUGAAACGCAAGAAGAGAAUCAAAUUGGCCAUAUAUAUAACUAUUUUCGUUGUGUUUCAGAUCAUAGUUAUCACGGCAAUGAGUCUCACUGUGAUGAAAGUUAAGAACCCCAGGUUCAGGCUAGGCAACAUCAACGUCCAAAGCUUUGAAUCUGUCUCGGCAACACCUUCAUUCGACACAAAAUUCACAACCCAAAUUAAGAUCAAGAACUCAGCCAACUGGGGUUCCUACAAGUUCAGUGCUGCCAAUAUCACGUUUCAAUACCGAGGCGAGAAUUUUGCAGUAAUUGAUGUCGCAAAGGGCAAGGCUGGAUGGCUUUCGACCAUAAAAAGAAAUGCGGAGGUGACUUUGAAUUCAACUGCAAUUACUAAUCCAAAUCUUGGAAGUGAUUUGAGCAGCGGGGUGUUGACGCUCAACAGCGUAGGAAGAUUGAACGGAAAAGUUGCAAUUAUGUUCAUCAUGAAGAAGAAGAAGGCCACCAACAUGAACUGCACCAUAGCUUUUGAUGUGGCAACCAAGAAACUCAAAUCUUUACAGUGCAAGUGAAAAAAACAGACCAUGAUUUGAUUUCUUUCAACUUGUUUUAAAUUUCUGCAAAUUUUUUGUUGUUUGUUUAUGAAUUAUUGUAUGGGUAUAUAUACACUUCCCAGGCACAAUUUUGCAAUUGUGCUAUUUCGUUAUAUACAGAUUGGUAGUGCUUUUUCGUUUUAUGCAAUUUUUUCUCUUCUUGUUGUA